AAAAGCAUUUAAAAAAAAAUUUAAACGUUACCUCCUCAGAAGGACUCUUCGAAGCCUUCUGAUCUAAAGAGACGUCUGCUUGUUACUCUGCUUUAUUUUUCUCGUUAGCACUGACCUCCAGUUACAUAUUCAGGUUUUGUCGCUUGUCUCCCUCACCAGACUGUAAGCACCGUGAAGGCAGGGAACUGUUCUGUUCCUUGCUAUUUCCCCGUCACCCAGAACAGGGCCUGACAAACAGAAGGAACUCAGGAAUGCCCCACGAAGCGGAAGGAUAGAGUCAGAAUAAAGCGCUCUAGGAACACAUAGGCGGGGUAGCCCCCAGGGAGUAGCGGAUGAUCCUAGAGAUGAAGUCUGGGCUGGUCUUGAAGGCUGAAUAGGAGUUUUCCAAAUGGAUGAAGCAGCAUGAGACACUGGAGAAACACAACCGUCUGCUGCGGAAGGAGAUCCAGGGCCUGCAGGCCGAGCUGGUGUGGUGGAGUCGGACCCUGCACUCGCACGAGUGUCUGUGCCUGAUGGGCUGCGCCCCCUGCUUGGCUCCGGUGCCCCCUGGCUGCUGGGGCCUGACUGAGCAGCCCCUGGACCCCAUGCCCGGUGGACAGUAUGACUUCCAGGAACAGCCGGGCCUGUUCCAGACUCCGGCCUCUUCUCCCUCGGUUCACCAGCUCUCUCCAGAUCUGCAGCCUCAUAGUUCCUCUGGCGGCCUCCUGUCCCCUCUGCCCUCUCUGUCCCUUGGCUCCACCAUGGUCUCUGUACCUCCUCCCCAACUGUCCCCCAGCCCUGUCCAGUCAGCCUCACCCACUGGCUCUAGCCUGCUGAGGCCUUCCUCCAAGCUCAAAACCCUCCUGCCCAGCCCCCCAGCCCAACUGGCCCCUCUACAGCCCCUUGUGGGGGAGCACCACACCAGGGGGAAGCUGGGGUCCUCCCCUGACAGCCCCUCCCCUGCUCUGGGGCUGGCCUGCCUCCAGGGUAGGGAGCACAGGCCUGUGUUAUCAGCAACAGAUCAGCCAGGGCUGGGUGUGGAUCCCAGUUCCCACCCACUCCUGGCCUUCCCCCUGCUCUCCUCUGCUCAAGUUCACUUCUAAUCCACCCCCUGGAGCUGAGCCAGCCGCUUCCUGGGGCUGAACUAGCAGCCUCAGCACAUAGGCAUCUCCCCCAUUAUCACUGGAGGUUGCCUUUCUUGGCCGGCCCACCACUCUGCCAGGCCCCGUCACUGCCAUUAUCUUCUUUCAACUUCAUGGUCCUUCUACAAAAUGCAGACUGUCACUCUACUUUUUUAGAUAAAAAGACAGAGGCCAGAGAAGCCAUGUGACGUGCCCAAGGUCCCGUAGCCUUUUUUGGGACCUGAAACGCCACCAUCUACUCCUCCUCUUGGUGGGAUCCUGGCCCAGGCACCGUGAGAGCUGAAGUCCUAGAAAGUGGGGGCUGGUGUGAAGAAGUUGGAGUGCCAAGCGCGAGGAAGAGCUCGUUCUUCUGGUCUGGGCUCCCCAAGGCCACAGAUCCCUGCAGUCCUUGAAACCUCGCCCCAGCUGGGGCUGGUCCAGAGUCCAAGCCUAGAUGGGGAGAGGCCGAGCAGGAGCCCGGAAGUAGACCCUUUCUUCCCUGAAACACUUUUCAGUGCCAAGGAAGUGAACUUGUGAGUUGGAGUUGGGGAGAGGCCGGGAACAGUCUCCCCGGGCACUUCUGCAGGAGGGGCACCUGUAGACAUGCGAAGACUUCUGGGAGAUUAUCCAGGGUCAGCUCCAGGCUAUUCCCAAAUAGCUCCCGGCCUCUCCCAGGCAGGAGCUCAGCCGGAGUAUCCGCCGGAGUCGGGUCGGGUUCUCACUCAGGCUCAGCACAAGCUCUGUAAGGGGCCUGAGAUGAGAGCCCCCAGUUCCUCACCUGGAUUUUCAUACAGACACUAUGCUGAUAUUUGACACACUCCAAGAUGCCGAGCGCCAGUCUCGGCAGACAUGUUAUGGUAAAUAAAUUAAAGUGUUUUCCAACGCUU